UUUUUUAAGUAAGUACGUCGUAUACGUCGUAUUAUAUUUAAUGAAGUAUCGUUUAUUUAGAAAACGGUAUAUAAUCGUUUCCAACGUUUAUCCUAUGAAUUACACGUGCUUUUGAUUGCAUCAUUUAGAAAAGAGAGAAAAAGUUUCGCUGUGAUACUGAAUUUAGUUUGAAUUAUAAUUAUAAUUAUAUAAAAGAAACAUGGAUUCAACUUGGGAAGAUUUUUAUAAUAAACACCCACCACCCCAGGAUUUUGUUCAAAGUGAAACAUUGCUAAAAGCAUUUGCGGAACGACAAUUAAAAAAGAAUACUAAAGUUGUAUUAAUAACGAGUGGUGGUACAACAAUACCGUUAGAACAUAAUACAGUCAGAUUUGUUGACAAUUUUAGCGCAGGAACAAGAGGAUCAGUAUCUGCAGAGUAUUUCUUAGAAAACGGAUAUGCUGUAAUUUUCAUGUACAGACUUAACUCUUUGGAACCAUUUUCAAGACAUUUUAAGGGACAAAAAAUUCUUGAUAUGUUGGAGGACAAUCGACAAGGUGAAAAAUCUACAAUUACAGUCCUACCACAAUAUACAGAAAAUUUGAGAAAAAUAUUACACAAAUACAGAGAGGCUUUGGAUCAAGACAAGUUAUUGCAACUAACUUUCACUACCCUCUCAGAAUAUCUUUGGCUUCUACGAUCUGCCUGUCAGGCACUAGCUUGUUUUAAAGAUAAAGCAAUUUUAUAUCUUGCAGCUGCUGUAUCAGAUUUCUACAUCCCAUCCAAUGAAUUGGCAAUUCACAAAAUGUCUUCCAAAGAGCCACAAACAAUAUCCCUUCAAUUAGUACCGAAAAUAUUAGCUCCCCUAGUAAGUUUGUGGGUGCCAGAGGCUUUUGUAGUGUCUUUUAAAUUGGAAACAGAUGAAAAUCUCCUAAUUUCAAAAGCGAGAAGUGCACUAAAUAAAUAUAAACAUAACUUGGUUAUAGCUAAUAUGUUACAAAGCCGAAAGCAGCAAGUAACGUUUGUCACUCAAGAGAAUAAUUAUGUUAUUUCUCUUACUAAUGAGCAAUUAAAGAAAGGUGAAGAAAUCGAACGGUUGAUCGUUAAUGCACUUGUUGAUAAACAUCAAAGUUUUCUACAAUCUACUGUGAAAGAUAACUGA